UUAAUCACCUGCAUAAAAAGUUGAGAAACAUGUCAAAGAAGUCAGAAGCAUCCAAGAAAAAGACAGCACAGACUGUGUUGGUGGUGGUGGUGGUUUUUGGCAUCUCCUGGCUGCCGCAUCAUGUCAUCCAUCUCUGGGUUGAAUUUGGAGUUUUCCCACUGACUCCAGCCUCCUUUCUCUUCAGAGUGACUGCACACUGCCUGGCUUACAGCAAUUCUUCUGUGAACCCGAUUAUAUACGCAUUUCUCUCUGAAAAUUUUAGGAAGGCCUACAAACAAGUCUUCAAAUGCCAGAUAGGUAAUGAGUCGCCUCUGGAUGAUGCUAAGGAAAAUAAAAGUCGGAUAGAUACACCACCGUCUACCAACUGUACGCACGUGUGAACUUUGGAAAGUCCUGUAUGUUG